AGAGCAAUGAUUUUCGCGGUACCUUGCCGCCCGCUGCCAUUACAGACUCGCACAAUUCAAUGGAUGAUAAUCGUUUUCGCUGAGAGAACGAGUGCCGCUCAAGUUCGAGCUCUGCCGCCGAAGAGAGCGGGCAUUGCAUUGCACUCUAACAACGACCUUAAUGGAGCCCCAGAAGAAGAAGAAGAAAAUAACCCAUCGAGAUUCAAGAGGAAACUACUUGUGUUCUUGCUCUUUCUUUAUCAAAGGAUUACAGAGAGUUGGAUUUUGUUUUUGUCUUUAGAAAAAAAUAAAUGGGUAAAAAGAAGAAAGACAUUAUUCAACUGGAGCGAGAAUCUGUAAUUCCCAUACUCAAGCACAAGCUCAUUGCAGCUCUAUCUGACCACAUUGAACUUGGAGCUGAUCGUGAUGAGUUUUUAAAACUCUGCCAGAGAGUCGAAUAUACAAUUCGAGCAUGGUACCAUCUACAUUUUGAAGAUCUCAUGCAAUUGUAUGCCCUCUUUGAGCCCAUUUAUGGAGCCAAUAAAUUGGAGCAGCAGAAUCUAACCCCGGAAGAUAUUGACAUUUGUGAACAGAAGUUUUUGUCAUGCUUAUUUGAGGUGAUGGAUAAGAGUAAUUUCAAAAUAGCUACUGAUGAUGAGAUUAAUAUUGCACUUUCUGCACAAUAUCGUUUAAAUCUUCCAAUCGUAGUCAAUGAAGCUAAGCUCGACAAGAGGCUGUUUACUAAGUACUUUGCAAAGAAUCCUCAUGAUAACCUCCCAUAUUUUGCUGAUAAGUUCAUAAUCUUCCGGCGUGGAUUUGGAAUUGAUAAGAUGACUGCUUACUUUAUCAAAUCAAAAAUAAAUACAAUUCUUGCGCGUUUAUGGAGGUGUUUCUUGACAGUUACUGGGUUAAAAAGAAUUCUCUUCACAAAAUCAGGAGCAUCUAUUGACAAAGAUAUAAAACCUGUUGAAAUCUGCGUAGAAGAUGAUCAAAAUGAUUUAUAUGUUGAACGAAUCCGUAUUGAGAAGAUGAAACUCAGUUUCUCGAAUCUUAUAGGCAAGGUUACAAUCCAAGAACCUACCUUUCAGAGUAUAAUUGUUGUUUACAGGAGAACAAGUUCCAAAAAAGAAACAGAGAGGAAUAUUUAUGUGAAGCAAUUCAAGAACAUUCCAAUGGCUGAUAUGGAGAUAGUACUGCCAGAAAAGAAGAAUCCAGGCUUAACUCCAAUGGAUUGGGUCAAAUUCAUUGUUUCUGCUGUAAUCGGACUGGUUACUGUAAUCGGUUCACUCAGCUCCCCAAAAGCUGAUAUCCGGGUCAUUUUUGCUAUCCUGUCAUCAGUGGUUGGUUAUUGUGUCAAGACGUACUUCACGUUUCAAAGUAACUUGGUUUCCUAUCAGAGUUUAAUCACUCAGUCCGUGUAUGACAAACAAUUGGAUAGUGGAAGGGGCACUCUUCUUCACUUGUGUGACAAUGUGAUUCAACAAGAAGUAAAAGAGGUGAUUGUUUCAUUUUUUGUGCUGAUGGAGCAAGGACAAGCUACUAGACAGGAACUUGAUCAGCGGUGCGAGGAUCUGAUUAAACAUGAAUUUGGUGAAAUCUGUAAUUUUGAUGUAGAUGAUGCAGUUCAAAAGUUAGAAAAGUUGGGAAUUGUUACUAAGGACACUGCUGGAAGGUAUACAAGUGUCAACUUGAAACUUGCUAAUGAGAUAAUUGGCACCACAACAGAGGAGGUAGUUCUUAAAGCUAAACAUCGUGAUAGCAGUUCUAGAUACUACGGGAAAGUGAAAUCCUUCUGAUCUGAGUCAAAUUUGAGAAUUUGAUGCCACAGGAUCACCUGCAAGUGAUUGUUACGCUAUCCAGCACCUGCACAGUGAAACUAGAUGGCAAGUUGUAUACUUAUAAAGAUUUUUCAUCGUCACUAGUCUUUUUAUGUACAUAUUUUCACUGGUAUGAGCGCUAAUCCAAUUUUUAUUGCUUAAAACAAGAUACCAUAAAUGAUUAUCAACAGAAAAAUGCAGUAAAUAUCAGUUUUGUUCAAUUACAAACUUG